CAACCCGCUCGACGUCGAGCGAUGCUUCUCUCUUUCUUUUUUAUUUUCAUUGAAUUGUCUCGGCAUGUGAAAUCAUUUCGGGUUUUUUUUGCCAUGAUGGGAUGAUGCUUUGCUCCCGACCAGGGCCGCAGCUCGCACGGUGUGUGUGUGUGUGUGUCCACAAUUGGAUCCCCUUUAGAAACAAGAGUCGCCCGCGUGUUAGGGAUCUGCAUCAGUAAUCAGCGUCUUUGCAUUUGGAUCCAACGGCCCAGAGGCCGACACAGACCCGGGCACAGACCCGGGCACAGCCGCGGGGAGCCUGGGGAUGGAGGGGGACCCUGGACGGAACAGGGCCUGUAGCCUCACAGCCAGGGUGGGAGCGAAAUCGAUCUGUUAGCUUCAGAGGCUCGAAGGGUGGGAUGGGAGGAUGAAUUCACCGUCUGCAUCCCCCCCCCUUAGAAUGAAAAUCUGCUUCAUAUGUCUCUAUAUAUUCUGAUUCGAUGAAAACAAAUGAACAAAUCGAUGCAUUAAAUAAAAAAUAAAAAAAACUCAUUUUUUUUGCAUGUUGUAAAAGCACAUCUGUGGUCAGGUGUCGUUUCUCUCUGCUCCGGGGGGAGUGAGGGGGGUCAAGGGCCCUGAACCCAGAGAGAGAUGUAGCCGGAUCUGCAGGAAUCCGAUAAAAUACCCUGCACUUGUCAAUGAUGCACUGAUGGCCCUGUUGCAGAGGCAGAAAGUUGAUGGAGAGGAUGGAGGUGAAGAGUGGACAGAUCUGCUCCAAAGCAUCAUGAAGGACGGUAUCGCCAACAACAGCACCGCCAGCAUCUCCCAUGCCAGGAAAGCUGUGGAGCAGCUGAAGAUGGAGGCCUGCAUGGACAGAAUAAAGAAAUUCAGCAUUCGCUUUUUCCAGGUUAGUUGCAUCAGAGGUCGUAUAGCUAUCGUGAACAACAACAUACUGUAUGGGUCACAAAGCGAGGAGAGAGGCACCAGCGUCGAGCGUGACAAGGCUGUGGUUCAACUGCACGUGUCCAAAGCAGCUGCAGACCUGAUGGCGUACUGCGACGCCCACAUACGCGAGGACCCCCUCAUCGUGCCCGUGCCCGCCUCAGAGAACCCUUUCCGGGAGAAGAAGUUCUUCUGCACCAUCCUCUGAUGACCUGCGAGAGCCGUACAGGUGCCGGCACGGCGUUGCCUGGCUUCUCUGUCUUCACCACACCUGAAGCAACUGGCCACAGGCGUUCAGUUGAGUUUAGCCCGAUGGACACUCUGUUGUUGGUCAGCUCUGUCCUCGUGGCUGAAGGUUUUGGGGGAGUCAGCUACCAAACUGGCAACCCUGUGAGCGUGUCAUGUCUUGUUAAAUAGGUUUGUUAUUGCUUUGUUAUUAGAGAACAGCCUUGCUCAGUGCUUAAUGAGAUGAGAGAUGUUUUUUUUUUCUUCUUUUAUUGUGCUAGAUCUUAACAAGCCUCAGGAAACAGAAAUUUGCCCAGUGUCUAUUUCUUCAUGAACAGUUAUUCCCUUUCUCUUUUAUCUGAAUAAAAAGCAUUAAUCUGUGUAUUAAAUUGAACAUUUGAACACAUUAGUAGGAGCACCUACUGUAAGCACCACUGAAGUCUGACACUUCCCUCAUUAGUAGUUUCUGUUUCUGUUUGCCUCCGGAGUCACCGACAAUUAACCCGCUCGUUUUAGUGCUGCAGCACAGAGACGGAAACCUUAUCUCACACUCUAAAUUAUUUCAGUUUGUGCAAACUGCGCUCGUGAUAAGAAGCAGGUGGCGGCACAUUGACUCUGCUGCAAUAAAUAAAUAGACCCUCUGCUUAUUGAAAGGUGCAGAGCUAAUGCCUCGGCAGCGGGAUGAGUUCUUCUGGGUUAUCACUGUGCAAACAACCCUGAAGUCAAAAUAUGAUUUAUGAAUCCUGCUGCCUCCUUCCCCAGGCCUGCUCUAAUGCAUUCUACCUUUACGGCACUGUUUGAUUUAAUCUUCAUACAUUUCAUCCACAUCAAGUCAGAGACACUAUGAGUUUAAAACAUUUUUACAAGUUGCACGACAUCGCGACCGUCUCGUUUGUUCGCUGGGCAUGUUUCCUGAGCCUGAUUCUUUUUUGCCUGUCCUAGAGUGAAUGGCACGGCCUUUGACAUUAAUGCCAAACCAGAGGCCUGCAUGUUUUUCUCUGCUCCUUUUUGACAGCCUCCUCUGUUUCCGAGAGACCGUCAGUCUUCUAGAGUGUACAGUAUGUUACAGUGCCAAUUUCUGUGAGUGCAGCGUGAUCCUCACACUGUGGUCACACCGCCUUUUUUCUGUUCCGUUUGUUAUGGACGAGAAAGCACACUGUCGAAACGUUUCCUUUACAUGGUAGUGGAAUAGCAUUUGCUAAUUUUUACGAUGAACUGUUCUGAUGAUCGUUAUUAAUAUUGUUAUUAUCAGUAGUAUAAUUGAAUAUUUGUUGCAUAGCACUGACAGCCACAUGACGUGUAGUGCUACUAAGCUUGUAUGAUACUUAGGAAAGGAAACAUUUAUAAAUCAUGCAAUUAUUGAUGCUAUCUGAGUAUUUUUUAAGAAUAAUGGUAAGGGUCGGUUUACAUUAUAUGAUCCCUUCGGUGGUUCAGGCUUUUUGCAUCAUCGUUUCUGUAAAAUUAAAAGAAAUUUCCUCUUGGUACUUGAAUAGACUUUGCAUUCGGAAUCAAACUCUGAUACUGGACUGUCACAACCACAAACUAUUGGACUCAAAUUGUUUUUAGGAUAUUUAUUAUUGCUAUUAUUUCCUAUCUGAAAACCUGAGACUGACCUCAGGACGCUCUCACUGACCUUAAGGAUGGUGCCAAAUCUGAAACAAGAAAUAUAACGGCUAGAGAUGAAUAUUGCAUGGAUUUAUUUCUAUCUAUAACAGAGAGAACUAUUAUGAAAAGAAAUAUUGCCUCUUCAUUGAAUUUCUGGGUGCUACUCUGCACAGAAUUAUCUCAAUGGAGUGCGGAUAUGUUGACAAUGUGCAGCUGUAUUCAUGAAUGGUAUUAUUGUUUUGGAAAACAAUAGCAUUUACAUAGCAGGCUUUGUAAAUCCUUCGACGGAUCAAAUGAAUUAAAGGAAAAGGGCAACCCA